CGCGACUGUUUUAUAAUACAACUAAAUUAACAAUCAUAUGAAGCCUUUGCUUGCUAUAAUAAUCACACCGCUGUCGCUAGCAAUAUGAUUUGCUCCCGUGCUGACUGUAAAUCCGCUUUGAGAAACCUUUGCCAGGUACAGUAGCCUCUUUGUCAUCCCAUGUCACUGGAUCAAAUUUAAAUGAAAUUCAAAUUAUAUGAAAAACAUAGACAAAAAGUAAGUCUAUGUAAACUACUGAAACAUACCGCAUCAGCAAUUCAGGUUAAAUAAACAAACAACUUUAUUAUGAAAAAUAAUAAAUUGCAAAAUUAAACGACUAUCCACUUAAAGGAUAGCAAGACAUUUCUCGACAAAUCAAUAUUAUUAUUAUUACUAUUAUUAUUAUUAUUAUUUUUGUUGUUGUUGUUGUUAUUAUUGGGGGGGAAACACCAGAAUAGUGGAAACUCCAUUAACACACAAUUUUACGUAGGCCUUGUAAUUAAAAGCAAUAUUGAACUGCACAUCACGCUGGUAACACCUGCUAGCUCCAGUAAUAAGUGAUAAGUAAUACGUUUUCAGUCUUCCAGCACCAUAUAACUACUGCAGACAGUAAAAAGGUAACCACGGAGCAACACCCUCCUAAGACCCUCCUAAGACCUGAGAAUAAGUUCAAGUAGCUUGAGUCACGAAGGCUCGCGUCACCAUGGAAGCAGUCGGUUUGUGACAAGCUACGCCAUUUUGCUGCCUUGUAGUAGCUACAGAUGGAACUACAGCGAACAUAUCAUUAUGGAAAACAUCAGAGCCCUAUAAUAUCAGUCGAAUAACGGUUUUUGACUCCUACCAACGGAGAGUGGUGCAAGAUUCAGUCCUUAGCUCCUAUUUUAUCACCGAAUUGAACUGGAGAGUGCGUUUUUGCUCAAGCCGUCUACUGAUAACAGCAUCACUGGAUAUGAGGUCUGAAUUGCAGUGUUUCCAAAGUUAGCGGCUAAUGAGGUUGUUAGCUGAAUAUUAUGGUGAACCGUACUUUACGCGAUGGUCAGUUAGAGCUAGCCAUUUAAACUUUCUGCCUAACCAUUAGCUAACCCCCCUAACUCUGCGACAUGGAGGACGACGUACGUGGUCUGGCACGUUUUUUACAUAGCAAAGUGUACUUAGGCAGUCGUGAUUAACGUGGCUAACGUUGCAAUGCAUAAGUUGGUGAGCUAGCCUGGUAACGAGCUAUAUCCAGUUAGCAGAAGUUGGAACAGGAAUGUUUUAAGGAAAUGUCGCAUACCGCAGUGCCUUUAUUUGAAGAAAACGUUAGCUUUCUUGACAACUAAAACAGCUUUAGCUGUUGGACUAAAUUGUUUGUGAAAUGUUAUUCAUGCUUGUCAGUUAACAUUAGACAGCACAUUGCAAUAAUUGCGACGAAAAUGUGACUAAAUAAUCUGUGUAGAAGAUUCACUUCUUAGUUGGAUACUCCUCGCGUGAAGCAGGCGAAUUGCCAGGUUAAGCUGUCACUUGGCCAUUUUACACCAAUUUAAAUCAAUGAAAGUUACUGCGCUUGGCUUUUGCUUGCCGCUGAUAGUCGAAUAAAUAGAGCCUGCUUUUCGAAUACACAACGGAAACGUUAUGUACAUUGUAACCAGUGUAUUUGUAACAGUGUAUUUGUAACAGUUACUGAGUACUCGUGCCGCUUGGUAUUCAAAGCGAUCAUGGAGCGAGUGUUCACUAAAAUUCUGAAUACAAGAAACUAAGGAGGACUGUCCCCGUCGCUUUAUUAGGUUGGCCACACUGAACUGGACUGGACUGGACUAAGCAGUGCUUCUUCGCCGAGAUGCCUUACACAAAUUUGAGGUUGAAUGUUACCGAGCUGAUGAUAUGAAGUAGCCAUUCGUGCUUAGCCAAGAUGGAUUUGAACCUUGAACAGUCCCCCAGUCCUCAGCGAAAUCCUGUUGUCUCCAUUCGUCUUAAAUUAUGACUGGGCUCCCGUCAGAACCAUCAAUAAUGAUUUAUGGAUUAAUACCUCAGGAGUUACAUGAUCAGCUCCUGGACUAUAACAACUACCAGAACCGAACAAAUGGGGUGGAGGAGCUCAAAAACAUUCUGUUUGAGUUGGACUUAAAGCCAGUUCCGUCGGACAGUAUUGACGAAUUCAUCAGCUUUAUACGCAAGCUACUGGACGACAGCAAUUUCAAAGUUUUGUAUGGCACUUUACAGGUGAUAAACCUUCUGGUUCAGAAAUUAGACUAUAAUGUAGAGAAAUAUUGCAAACAGAUAGUUUGUGUCGCUCUCAAAACCCUGGGAGACACUCGUGCUGUCACCAGGAAUGAGUACAUGAAUGUUUUCCGGCAGCUCAUGAGAAUUGUAGGCCCACAGAAAGUCCUGGACCUUGUGAUUGGACACCUCAGACACAAAAACUCCAGGGUGAGGGAGGAUGUCCUCAACAUCAUCACUGCGGCCAUGCUCACCCACCCAAGGAAAGACUUCAACAUCUCCAGCCUUUGCUUCGAAGUGGCCCCUUACCUGGCAGACAGCAAGAGGAAAGUCAGACAUGCAGCCUUGGAGCUCUUUGCUGUCUUCGACUACUGCCUUGACACUGGGAAAAAGCAGCCACUAAUGAAAGCGAUUGACCGGGUGGAACUCACAGCGGAUGUGGAGGGUCUUAUGGCAGCUGUACAGGCGAGAAAAGCCAGACACAUGCUCCCCCGGGUCUCUGCCGAGGGCAUGGUCGAAUAUUCCUUGAUCAUACCCAAACCUGGACAGAGACGUUCGUCCCAGUUUGGAUCUGGGGCAGAUGUGGACUGGGUGCUGAACGGUGGGAGAAGCAGCAGUGCCCGGAGCCAGCGGACCGAGCCAGACACAGACCGGCUGUGUGGCUACGGGAGCCUGGGUUCCCUAACAGACGACUUCCCUCUGCAUAGGAGAAUCAUGAGCGCAGGCAAGGGGAAAAACAAGCUACCCUGGGAAAGGACCAGCUUGCCUUGUGCGCCGGACCCACAGCCCUCCAGUCCGUCCAGUAGAAAGCCAUCUAGCAAGAUCAGCAGCAGUGAUGACAUGCUCUCCUCCUAUUCUUCACACCGGGGGAUGUGUGUCUCCAGCUUUGGAUCAGGAGAAUUGGCUCCAUCCUCGGGAAGAUGGGAGCACCUGGGAAGGCUACGGCGGAGCGGGAGCCUGGAUUCCGACCCGGACAUAUUCAAGGCAGCUCUAUCUAGUGAUACUGACAGAGUGUUUCCCAAACCGGGUCGCCUCCUGUCAGGAAACCCCAGCGUGGAGCGGACCUUCUCCCUGCCCUCCAACCCCCCUGGCUCAUUCCUGCUGCCUUCCUACCCUCUGGCCUCCUUACCAGGGGGCAUCCUGACCCCCACCCUGUCCCGCCAGCGCCGUGCCGAUUCUCUCCUGUCCAUGUCCAACACCUGGCCCAACAAGAGAGAGAGCAGCCCCCAGCGCCGAGACACCAGCCCCUGGAGAGACUGUGCUGGUGAGGUGUUGUCCAGCAGGUGCUCCCCGCUGCCUCUGCGAGCCUCUCUGGUCAGCUCGUCGUCCACCUCCUCCUUUCGCCAGGCCCUCAGCAGCUCCAGGCCCGUCUCCUCUUUGUCCCCCGUCUCGCCCGUGACCCCCAUCACCCCUGUGAUGGCUCUGCCUGAUCGAGGCCUCGCCUCCAAUGGCCAGAGGACCAGCAGACAUGAGCAGCAACAGGUGGAGAGGAGGCUCCAUUUGGACCUGGCUAACCUGGGGUUGCAGGACCAGGAGGAAGAGCCCCUCAACCGCGAGGAGAUGCUGAACUCCCUGCGCUCCCUGCGCAACAGUGCGGCUAAGAAGCGGGCCAAGGUGAGCCACAGCGGGUCAGAACCCGACCCAGAUAGCCCAGACUCUGCGGUACGGCUGGAGCCGUCGCUGGACUCGCCCUCUUACAUGUCCCCUUCCGUCACCUCCCCGAUGAGCGAGAGCGGCCUGUCCAGCCUCUGUUUGCCCCAAACCCCCACGCCCGACGGCACGCAGACCAGCCCAGGGAACUCUACAACAAAGUCUCGCUCUGCACGUGUGUCCUCCUCUAAACAGAGACCUGCUGUUUCCAUGGAGUUUGCCUCUCUACAAGCUCUGCCGCCUAAAGAUAAAGGCCCCUCAGAGGUGAGUGUGAUUGGUCAGAGGGUGACCUAUCACAACGGACCAGCGGAGCCUGAGGUAGACCGAGGCAGGCAGAUUUCUCCACUCACUGCCAGACCCACGGGGCGGGAGCCAAUCAGAGCUCUCAGGCCAGCUAAAGCCCCUCAGAUACUCAGUAGCUGCAGCAGAGCCUCUCCAGCAGGUGACAUGUCUGAAGGUGUGGUCGGCAAAGGUGUUUUUGGCCCAGUUCCUCCAUCCAGUUGCCCAGGUGUGCCUUCCUCUUCAUCUGAGCACGGCGACUCCCCUGGCAGGUUGACCUGCGACCCUCCGACGGGCGUGUACGGGCACGCGGUGCCAGGUGGCCAGCAGGACUCCGACAGCAACGCAGACUCCGAGGAAGCAACGGAGAGGGUGAACAUGUCCAAACUUGCACGGGACAAGAUGCGCCAGCAUCGCCUGGAUCAGCAGGACGGCCCUCAGCCUCCAGCCGACAGGCAGAGGAUAGAGAGGAUAAGACAUCGAACCAGAAACAUGAUGACAGACAGCUGUACGGAAGAGUCUGGACACCUGCGAGACUUUCAGCUGAAUGGCAGUGUGGUGGCAUCUACAAAGUCAGAUUCCACCCAGGAUGACGUCUCCUCCAGCCCCACCAGUCCUCCGGGACCCCAGAGUCCCAUCAAGUGCUUCAGCCCCGCCCACCAGCCCAGCCCCCCCACGGUGCCCCCUACCUCCAGAAGCACGCUGCCCCGCCUGAGGAGGGCGCCAAGCCUCACCAGGGCGAGGCCCUCGCUCUCCCAAAGCACAGAUGAGUUAGCCCCUGGCACCCCCUGUCAGAAGAAGGACCUGCAGGAGCAGCCGGAGCUCAGGCCCUUCUCCAAGCCUGAGCUGGCUCUCACUCAGAGCUUCAAGCUGCUCAGCUCGGACGACUGGGAGAAGAAAAUUGAGGGUCUGACGUUCAUGCGCUGUCUGACCCAGUACCACUCAGACGUGCUCUCCAGCAGACUUCAUGACGUCUGCCUCGCCCUCAUCCAAGAGGUGAAGAACCUGCGGUCGGGUGUGUCUCGUGUCGCCUUGGUAACGGUGGGGGAGCUGUUCUCUCAGCUGCAGCGGGGGAUGGACCAGGAGCUGGACGUGGUAGCCCGGGCGCUGCUGAAUAAGGCUAGCGAAUCAAACGCCUUCAUCCGGCAGGACGUGGACGCAGCGCUGGACAGCAUGGUGCAGCACUGCACGCUGACACGCACCAUGAACGCCCUGCUCACCGGAGUCAGUCACUUAAACUCAGUGGUGAGAAAAUGCACAGGCCAGCACAUGGCAACCCUGGUGGAGAAGAUUGGAGCCAGCCGUGUCCUGUCCGGUGGUAAAGACCUGACUGACCGCAUUCUUCCUGCCGUCACCAGGCUGGCACAGGACUCGUCCCAGGAAGCCAGGUUCUUUGGUCGACGGAUGCUGCUGUUUCUGUCUUCACAUCGGGAUUUUGAUAAAAUGCUGGAAAAAUACACCCCCCCCAAAGAACUGGCCACCGUCAGGGACACAGUCUUCACACUGAAAACCAAGGGUUUGGGUGAAAUGCCACAGGACACCCCCUCAGCACGCGGGCGACGCUCCAUCCCAGGAAGUGGGACGAUCCGAGCCUCGUCCUUGACCAGAGAGCCCCUGUCCAGCAGCAAAGACUAUGGGCAGCUCAGUAGCAAAGGCCAGGCCCACAGCAUUGCAGACAAGACGGAGUACAUCAAACAGCUCACUGGCCUGCUGAACUCCAAGGACUUCCGCGAGCGCAUCAAGGGCAUCGAUCAGCUAGUGGGGGACUGUGAAUACACCCCAAACCUGGUCAUAGGAAGCAUGUUUCAGGUAUUUGAUGCCUUCAAGGCACGACUCCAAGAGUCCAACAGCAAAGUAAAUUUGUACGCCCUCGAGGCCUUGCCCAGGAUCAUCUCUUUGCUUAAAGACAAUUUGGCUCAAGUGGUUUACAUAUUGGUCCCUGCCAUCGUAGACAAUCACCUCAACUCUAAGAACAACGCCAUCUACAGUGCUGCUAUUGGUGCCAUUGAUGAACUUAUUCAGAACCUUGAUAACUCACCCCUUCUUCUACUGUUCUGCACUAAGGCCCAGUAUCUCAGUGGGAAGGCUAAAGUUGACCUCAUUGAGAAGGUUGCAGAGCUGGUGAGGGAGCUAUACCCGCGCAAGCCUCAGAUGGUGGAGCAGAAAGUGCUUCCACUGCUCUGGCACCUCCUGGGCGCCUCCACCAACAGUGGCACCGUCCACGGGCGUGGUGGCAGCGUGCGGGUGGCCACCACCAACCUGUGCCAGGCCCUGUACGACCACAUGGGCCCCGCGCUGGCCGAGUGUGCCGCCUCGCAGCCCUCCAACACCCACAAGAGCCUGAACGAGCUCCUGAACAGCCUGAACGCACCACACUGAGCCAGUCUAGCAGCUUUGCUGGAGAAAUCCACAUACUAAUACCAAACCUAAACCUAAAUGCUGAUCUUACUUGAAGAUAGAGAUGUUCUUGAAUUUCUCACAGUGCCUGCACUUGUAUUUUUUUUUUCCUCGGUUUUCUGACCUGACAAUAACAAUAAUUAUUCUUAUUAUAAGAAUAAACACUUUUAAAAGCUUAACGAUGAUAGUGGCCCUGAAGUUAAAUCUUCCACCAAGAGAUGCCACUCACCAACACGAUUUGAGAUUUUAGCUGACAGCAUCAGGUUACAUACCUUCGACUAUUUUACUCUCUUUGCACUUUGAACAAGUAGGACUUAUCAUGGUAAUUGUUGUCAUGAACUUUAUUAGAGAUCAAUAUUGUUAUAUGAUUGUCAAUGGUGUUUUCUUGUGAAUUUCUCAGAUAUUGACUAACACGAAACACCUUUUUGGCAGAAUGUACCAUUUUCAAAUGCACAAAGAAACAGGGAUAUGAGGAUGUAUAUUUUUGAUGUUGAUGAAAUUGUAACGCGUGAUAUUUCAAAGAUGUGUCUUAUACGGUUGUUAUAAAGAUUUGUAAUCGUCAAAAUGUGUGAUGAUUGCAGUAAAAUAAAUAACUUUUGUACUGUAUAGCUCACAUGAAUAGCCCAGUAUUAGUUUAAUCUGUCUGAUGUUGCAGUAUAUAAUUUAUGUUGUGUUUAUUUCAAUGGGUCUUUGAUUUCCAGUUAAAGAUAUAGGCUACUCUUGCGUGAGUAUUUCCGUGAAGUCUUUUGCAUGACCAAAUGAAUAUUGACGGGAUGAAAACUGCAACAAAAAAGAAUACUAUAUUUGUUUUUAUUAAGGAUAUUUUAAUGUACACAGAUGCCUAAAUCAGCCAUGGAUUAAAUGGGUUGUAUUUAUGGUGGUACCAACAUUAAGAAUAUCUUUGAUGAUUUAUACAGACACUUUAAGCCCAGAUCUGUAAUUCUAUGUCAGCAUAGUGCCAGUCCUUAUAGCCUUAGAAAUGUUAAAUUAUAUGGAACUUGUCAAGUGUAAGAGAAUGAUCUAUAAUUAAAUUGUUUUAUUUCUUUAAAAA